AUGAAUGACGCCAUGGAUGAAGAAUACGAGACUAUCAUGAACUCGACCUCACAACAGUCUUACACAACCUGGGCAGUCAUUCAGGGUGCUUUGAUCGAUCCACGUGAAACAGAAACCAAGGAACAGGCGAUCGCCCAUAUCGAUACACUCUACGAGUCCGGCAUCCCCUUCUUUACCAAGCGGGCAAUCCGCGCAUUUUCGGAGCAACUUAAGACUCAAACCACCCCUGGAGAUAAAAUCAUCACCAAGGACCUGACCGGUGCCAGAAUCGAAUGGAAAGUGAAAGUUGGAAAGUCUAUCGACCUCAUAUUCGGCGAGGAUCGGGAGAACAGGAAGGAGUGUGUCUAUAAAGAGCCUGGAGUGGGGUACAGUUCUAGAUCGUCCCUUAAAAAGUCGUUGGACUGGUACGGUGUUGUGGACUCGGCUUACGAACCCCUGUGUUUGAUGUACCGGAUAUGCCAGAUUGACUCCGGCAGUAAGACCAAGGAGAUCAUUCCUUAUAAGGACACAAGAGACUGUGACACGGUGGCCAGGGAUUUCCGAGAGAAGAUUCAGGCCUGGGAAGAAAGCGAAACUUGCCGGCGUUUCCAAUCGAUUUUGUCUUCAGAGGUCAGCAGCCACGAUAUCAAGAAGAUCGUUGGGCUAGCUUGCGGUAGUCUGGCCUUACCAAAUAACGAACAUGCUGCAUACCAAACCGCGUUGCUUGUCACUGUGAGAAAGUGGCUGAAAGAGCGAGACCAGAACGAAGAUAUCUUUUGUUAUAUGCAGGACCCAAUGAACACCUCGGUUGACAGGGAGGUUCUCGCGGAUAUCGGGUUCGAGAUGAUUGACGAUCCACGCGGCUGGCUUGAAAUCGACGAGCGAUCGGUCGUGCUUUCAGUGGCCCCAAAUGUGCCUGUCAAGGAAAUCAUCGCGGACACCGCUAGGCCCGCCAUUGUGAUAUGGAAUCGGGUUAAGAAUGAUGACAAGGACUCGACUGACCCUGACUCGCCCCGCGUUCGGAAAAUGAUGACAGGUUACAAGUUGCAUGAAUUUGGAGACGAAGAGACAUGGUCCGACGUGGUAAUCUAUACCCGGGAAUCCAAGGCUGCCCCAAUUCCCAGAGAAAACGGUACGUUCCAGGACUCCCCCCUUGGCGAUGAAUAA